AUGCGGGUCCUCCUCCUCGCCGGCCUCCCAUGUCUGCUGCUGGCGAUUGUGACAGACACGGACACCCGCAGUUCAGUUGCCAUUGAGCUGACGAUGCGCCGUGGAGGCCUCAAAAGGCGCUCUACAGCAACCGACCUGACGCAGACAGAUAUGGCGUACACUGGCAAGGUGACCGUUGGAAAUCCGCCGCAGGAGUUUGAGGUGAUCUUCGACACAGGCAGUGGGAAUCUGAUCGUCCCCGGCGUCAACUGCAGCGGAACCGCCUGCACAGAGCACCGGAGGUUUGACGAUGCUCAGAGCAAGACAAGUCGCCCACACCACUGCGAUGGGGGCGAGGUCCAGCCAAACCAGGUUCCCAACGACCUUGUGGUCACCUUUGGUACGGGUGAGGUCCGAGGGCACUGCUUCAAAGACCGCGUUUGCCUCGGAGACAACAUGUGCGCACCAGCCAAGUUCAUCACGGCCUUUGAGGAGAGCAAUGACCCCUUUGAGUGGGUUUCGUUUGACGGAAUCCUCGGCCUGGGAUUGGACACCUUGGCACAAUCGCAGGAGUUUAGCAUUAUGGAGAGGCUUGAGCGGGGAAAGAGCAUGAAAUCGCCGCUCUUUGCCUUCUUCUUUGCGCGAGCGCAAGAUGAAAAAUCUGAGAUCACGUUCGGCGACAUCCAGAAGGAAAAGCUUGGCUCCAAGAUGUUCUGGUUCAAGGUCAGCGGCAAGGCUGGCUACUGGCAGGUGGAGAUCCAGGAUAUCUACCUCGAUGAUGAACCUCAGAGUAUCUGCAAAGGCUGUCAUGUCGCCAUCGACACGGGUUCCUCCGAAAUCGCGGGGCCACAACAUGUCAUUGACCAUCUAUCUGACAAGCUGGCGAUCAGAAACUGCCAGCAGAGAUCCAAGCUUCCAAAGCUCGGCUUUGCGAUCAAGGAGCACGGAGGAAGGACCAAGUUGCUGUCUCUCUCUGCGGAGCAUUAUACCCACGAGCAGCCAUGCAGUCUGGCAUUCAUGCCGCUGGACAUCCCUCCGCCAAACGGCCCUCUGUUUGUGCUCGGCGUCCCGUUCUUGGAGAAGUAUUACACAGUCUUCGACCGGAAGAAGCGACGCCUGGGCUUCGCUGUAGCCAAGCAUGCGCACGAGAAGCCAGAAAACUUCCUCGAGGUGACAGAUCUCAAUGUACAGCACACGAACAGCACCUCGAAGGGCUUCCUUUCCAGGAGCCGUGGCGCUUGA